GACAAGAUCUUGUGUACAGAAAUAUAUCGAACUGAUAGUAUUUAUUUUAAUGGAGGUUUGACGCUCUUUAACACAGUUUGUUUAUAAACCAUGUCCUGUUAAAUGGGUACAAAGACAAACGGUCACGCGUGACUCCACACUCGGAAAGCGAGCAUUGGGAAAUCGUAGCCAUUUUAGAUCUUUGGCAGCCAAGAACACCUUCCCGGAUUGUUAGCAAAUUAUCUGGUGGACGAUGAAGGUUACUUUCCGGGGUGUCAUUAUCUGGCUCGCCGCCAUAGGCUUCAUGGCGCUCGUCUGGAAUAUGAGCUACGGCCAAGGCGAUAUAAAUACUCCGCAAAGAUCAGACUCUAACUACCCUGUACACGAAUUCCAUAUACCGACGGUAAAGUAUGACCCAUACAAAACGUCAACUCCAAAAGUAUCAUAUAACAUCAAAGAUCACAUACGCGAUCCACAUCCAAUCAGAAAGGUGGAUAAUAUAGACAAAAUGUAUUCACAAGCAAAGCAGGAUCAAGUUGUGUACGAUAUUUUAAAAAAGGAUGGUGGAUUUUUUGUGGAGAUUGGUGCGUUUGACGGACAAUUCCUUUCCAAUACGUUGUGGUUAGAACGUAAGCACAACUGGACGGGACUUCUUAUCGAGGCUAAUCCGGAUCUCUGUCAGAGAAUAGAUAAAGUUCAGCGCCAUGCUUGGAGAAUGUGCGCGUGCCUUUCUAGUGCAACAAAUCAAGUAACCUUUAUAAAGGGAGAAGCGGUCGGUAGUGCGAAAGAAUUCGUUAAUGAACAUCAUGCAAAGCUUUUAAACAAAAGUAAAACAGUGACAGUUCCAUGUUUUAGUUUGGAAGAAGCUUUAAAUCACGUUAAACGAAAACACAUUGACUUUUUUUCGUUGGAUGUAGAGGGCGCAGAAAAAAUGGUAUUGCAGUCACUCCGAAAAGGGCUUGAAUCUCAAUUAUUCACUGUUGAUGUUUGGUCAAUUGAGUAUAAAGUUUAUGAUGGAAGUAGAAAUGUAAUUGAAGAAUCUAGAAAAAAUCUUCAGUUUUUGAGAGCCUACUUUCAGACCCUCGGUGGAUACUUCGAACACUCUCAGUUGGAACCUCUCGUUCCUUCCCCGCAGGAUGGCACUGCAUUAGAUGUGGUGUUUGUUCGUAAAGAUGCCUGGUGUAAGUCUCAUGUCAGUCUACCAGACGGAACCACUUGUCCUGGUAAAACCGUUGAAAUAAAAAACUACAUAAAGGAACCCUCUCCUUAUAAGAUAAGAAGCAAUGUGGACAAAAGAUACUCACAGGCGGGCCAGGAUAAAGUUGUGUAUGACAUUCUUAACAAGGAAGGAGGCUUUUACCUGGAAAUCGGCGCCUAUGAUGGAGAGGGUCUGUCUAACACAGUGUGGCUAGAGCGAAAGCACAACUGGACAGGUCUGCUUAUCGAAGCUAAUCCGGAUCUCUGUAAACGAAUAGAUAAAGUUGAACGCCGAGCUUGGAGACUCUGUGCUUGUCUUGCAAGUUCAACCAAGAACGUUACAUUUAUCAAAGGCGAAGCUAUUGGUGCUGUGCAGGAAGAGGUUGAUAAACAUCAUGUCAAAUGGAUAAAGGGAAAAAACCUUGUACCUAUUCCAUGCUUCAGAUUAGAAGAUGUUCUUAAAUAUAUAAAAGUCAAUCAUAUUGAUUAUUUUUCACUAGAUGUUGAGGGCGCAGAAAAAAGCAUCUUGCUAGCCCUACAAGACAGUCUGAAAAAGAAAGUAUUUACUGUUGACUUGUGGACGAUAGAAUAUAAAGUUUACGAUGGACAAAGAAAUGUCAUAGAAGAAUCUGUGAAAAAUUUGAAAUUUUUACGUGAGUAUUUUCAGGAUGUCGGUGGAUACACCGAACACUCCCAGUUAGAACCUCUCGUACCAUCUCCUAAAGAUGGGACUGCAUUAGAUGUUGUGUUUGUUCGUAAUGAAGUUUGGUGUAAGUCUCAUGAAAAACUGCCAAAUGGAAAAGACUGUUCAGGGAAAUCAACACCAACUAAGUCUUUCAGUCUUACAAACUACAUAAAGGAACCCUCUCCGUAUAAGAAAAGAGAAAAUGUGGACAAAAGAUACUCACAGGCGGGCCAGGAUAAAGUUGUGUAUGACAUUCUUAACAAGGAAGGAGGAUUUUACCUGGAAAUUGGCGCUUAUGAUGGAGAGGGUCUGUCCAACACAGUGUGGCUAGAGCGAAAACACAACUGGACAGGUCUGCUUAUCGAAGCUAAUCCGGAUCUCUGUAAACGAAUAGAUAAGUUUGAACGUCGUGCUUGGAGACUCUGCGCAUGCCUUGCGAGUUCAACGAAGAACGUUACAUUUAUCAAAGGCGAAGCUAUUGGUGCUGUGCAGGAAGAGGUUGACAAACAUCAUGUUAAAUGGAUAAAGGGAAGAAAUCUUGUACCCAUACCAUGCUUUAGGUUGGAAGAAAUUUUAACCCAUAUAAAAGUCAACCAUAUUGAUUAUUUUUCACUAGAUGUUGAGGGCGCAGAAAAAAGCAUCUUGUUAGCCCUACAAGACAGUCUGAAAAAGAAAGUAUUUACUGUUGAUGUAUGGACUAUUGAAUAUAAAGUUUACGAUGGACAUAGAAAUGUUAUAGAAGAAUCUGUGAAAAACUUGAAAUUUUUACGUGAGUAUUUUCAGAAUCUUGGUGGUUACACCGAACACUCCCAGUUAGAACCUCUCGUACCAUCUCCUAAAGACGGGACUGCAUUAGAUGUUGUGUUUGUUCGUAAUGAAGUUUGGUGUAAGUCUCAUGACAAAUUACCGAACAACGCACCCUGUAUAAAAUAAAAACAUUUUGUACUAGUUUUACUCUCUCUGAAUUUUGACUAUUUAUACCCGCACUUUCUAAAGAAAGUUCGGGUAUAUUGUUGUUACUCAUGUCCGUCUGUCCGUCCGUCCGUCUGUCACACUUCCCUGUACUU